AUGGCAAAUAACAAGCUUCCUUGCAAAUUCUAUGCAUCUGGUAACUGUAAGUUUGGAAAUAAUUGUAAGUUUGCUCAUGUGAAUAAUAAUAAUAAUAGCAAUUCUGGUCAAAACAAUGCAUCUGUACUAGAGAAAUUUAUAUCUCCAAAUACGCUUUAUGACAAGACAUCACAGAUUAAGCAAGACUUAAGCGAUUAUAAGCUGCUUCAGAGUAAUCCGGUGUUGUCAAGUUAUGGGUUAGGAUUUCCUGCUGUCAAUAAUUUAAUACUGGGAAGAGAUCUUUCGUACGAAGAAAUCAGGCUACAGUAUCUAGAGGCUGUUGCAUCUAAUUCAUUUCCAGAAUAUGAGAGAAGCAUAGAGGCUAGGCGUAAGGAUAUGGAUUAUUGUGUAGAUCAUCUACGGGGACAAGAGCAGGUUGCAGCUAGAUAUCAACAGAAAAGUGCAGAGCCUAAUGUUGGACCUGCGAAACCAUUUAUUCCAUUAAGUUUGGAGGAAAGUAUAGCGCAAUUAUCAAACCCAGGGAACAAAGCAUUUGGUUCGGCAAAUAAUCAGAGCAAUCCAUUCGGAGCUACGACGUUUGGAAAUGCAAGUUCUUCAGGUGCUUUUGGUGCUCAACCGAAUCCAUUUGAAUCAAAGCCUAACACCGGUUCGGGAUUUGGAAAUUCAGGAUUUGGUAACUCCAAUACAAACACCCAAUCAGCAUUUGGAGCUGCUGCUGCUGGUGCCUUUGGAAAACCUGCUUCAACAACAACAUCGGCAUUUGGAGCCCCAUCAACAGGCUCAGCGUUUGGUUCAACUGUGUUUGGAAGCGCUCAACCCACUGCGUCAUCAGGUUCAUUUGGCUCAUCAGGUUUCGGUAAUUCAAAACCAGCUGCAACGGCCUCUGCAUUUGGAGCUCCACCUACUGGAUCAGCGUUUGGUUCAACUGGAUUUGGAAGCGCUCAACCCACUGCAUCGUCCGGAUCUGCAUUUGGAUCAUCAGGUUUCGGUAAUUCAAAACCAGCCUCAGCAACCUCUGCAUUUGGAGAUCCUUCAACUGUAUCAGCAUUUGGCUCAACUGGAUUUGGCAAUCCACCAGGCGGAUCAGCAUUUGGCUCAUCAGGAUUUGGAAAUGCAUCUACAUCUAGUGGUUCGGCACCAGGCACAAGUGGUUUUGGCCAAUCAGGAUUUGGCCAGUCUACAAACAAUACAACUAAUCUGCCAUUUGGUAAUCUAACUAAUGAUAAUAAGGCAUCUCCAUUUGGCGCUACUAAUGACAAUAAUUCUACCAGUGCAUUUGGAGCGGGGUCAACAAGCUCGAAUCCAUUUGGAUCUUCAGCCGGAAAAGGGGCAACUCCAUUUGGAACUAUGAGUAACCAAAAUAAAACACUGGCAUUCGCCCUCUCUGCUAAUACUAAUCUGGCAUUUGGACAAUCGAGCUCUAAUGGCAGUGCUUUUGGAGCCUCGAACAACACACCACAACAGUUUGGAUCUGGUAAUAAUGGCUCAGGUUUCGCAAAUAGCUCUGCACCAUUGGGUCAAUCAGGUUUUGGCUCGACAUCUGCACAGCCGUCAAAUGUGUCUAAUGACACCAGUCUUGAUGAAUAUGACCCUAAGGUACUUGAAGCAUUUUCAGCUGCCAAAUUCGAAUUAGGUAAAAUUCCUGAAGUCCCACCGCCUGUAACGUUGUGCCAAUAG